AUGGCUUUACGUAAAAGUAUGUCAAAAGAUUGGAGAUCAAUCUCUGUACCAUUCCCUCCUAAUGUUAAUCCAGCGGAUUUUGUUCAGCCAAGAAAGGAUGGUAAACCUCGUAAAAGAUGUGCCAACUAUUUCUUAAUAUAUCGUAUUCAAUUUGCAGAGGCUUUACGAGCUAGUGGAUACAAUACACCAUUAAUGACAGAUAUUUCCACAAUGGCAGGUGAUGCAUGGAGAGAAGAACCUGAAUUCGUUCGUCGUUAUUACAAAAAAGUUGCAAAUGAAGUUAAAAAAUUACAUGACAACUUAUCCAGAGGUUCAACGACACCUCAAUCAUUAGAAAUGUUUGAGAAUGAAGUUGAAAAUUCAAAAGGAUUAAUUCCUUUACAAGUUAAUAUAACAUCAAAUUUAAUGCAACCACAACAAUCUUAUGAAUUUUCUAUGGAUCAAACCUAUCAAAAUCCUGAUGAAAUUCCUCAAUUUAUUACGAACACAAUAGAAUAUGAUCAAUCUAAUUUAAUGAAUGAAAAUGAUUAUUCAGUAGGGGGUUAUAAUAACUUAUUUUUUCAAUCAAUUAAUGAAUUAAGUCUUGGACUCGUUACAUCCGAAUCAACCAAUUUUUAUGAUUAUUUUUAUAGGUAG